AUGUUAUAUUUGCGAUCUCGUAACCGGUGCCAAGUUUUCACACUAAGAUUACCGCAGAAGAUACACGACCAGCUCGUGAACCAAGGGUCAACAGGCCACGUUGUGCUACCUCAAGUGAGGAGCUCGAUACGAGGGUACAUAACCGGAAGCCUAAGGAACGAAAGAAACUAUUUCUACUUUGAACGGUUUGAUCAAGACCAUCGGUUUGACCGCAGACCGUUUUUUAUAACUCCUCCGUACCGACCAGCUCGAUUAGGUCUCCCAGUGGUGUUAUCAACGGGGGAGAUAGUUAUCAAGAGCGUGCUGGCACACCCAAAACUUUGCUUCUAG